AUUAUUCUGUAUAAUUGCUCGAUGUAGUCCUUUCCGAUCACGUUCCGGGCGCCUCGACACGUUGUGAAAAUAUAGAGCUAAAAUGGCGAGACCACUUAUAUCGGUGUACAAUGAGAAGGGCGAGACGACAGACAUUAAUGUGUCCCUGCCUGCAGUGUUCAAGGCUCCAAUCCGGCCAGACAUUGUCAGCUUUGUCCAUGCUGAAAUGAAGAAGAACAGCCGACAGCCAUAUGCUGUUAGUGUGAAAGCAGGUCAUCAAACCUCUGCUGAAUCCUGGGGAACUGGCAGAGCUGUGGCACGUAUUCCACGUGUGAGAGGUGGUGGUACCCACAGAUCUGGCCAGGGUGCAUUUGGUAACAUGUGCCGUGGAGGUCGCAUGUUUGCUCCAACCAAAACCUGGCGUAGGUGGCACAGGAGAAUCAAUAUCAACCAGAGAAGAUACGCAAUCUGCUCUGCCCUUGCUGCCUCAGCGAUCCCAUCACUUGUCAUGUCAAAGGGACACAUGAUUGAAGAGAUCCCAGAGGUUCCCCUCGUUGUCAGCGACAAAAUUGAAGAGUACAAGAGGACAAAGGAGGCUGUGCAGCUCCUGAAAAAGUUAAAAGCCUGGAGGGACAUUUUAAAGGUUUACAACUCCAAGAGGUUCCGAGCUGGAAAAGGAAAAAUGAGGAAUAGGCGCAGAAUACAAAGACGGGGACCACUUAUUAUUUAUAAUCAAGACAAUGGUUUAACAAGAGCAUUUAGAAAUAUUCCAGGAAUCACAUUACUAAAUGUUGCCCGUCUCAACCUGGUAAAAGUUGCUCCUGGUGGCCAUCUUGGUCGAUUCUGCAUCUGGACCCAGUCUGCCAUCAACAAACUGGACAGUAUUUACGGCACAUGGAAAACGCCAUCACAGGAGAAAAAUGACUACAAUCUUCCUUCUACUAAAAUGACUAACACUGAUCUAAGCCGUUUACUGAAGAGUGAUGAAAUUCAGGCUGUCCUCCGAGCUCCUAAGAAGGAAAAUAAGCGUAGAAUCUUGAAGAAGAAUCCUCUAAAGAACCAGCGCGUAAUGACUCGUCUCAACCCAUAUGACAAAGUGGUUCGUAAGGCUGCCCAGGAGAUCGAAGCACGUCGCAAGCGUGCUCGCUCUGGUGUUGUAGACAGCAAGAGGCCUGCAGCAGCUACGGCCAAGAAGCCAGCUGCCAAAGGUGUCAAGGGAGCCAAGAAGCCAGCAAAGAAAUAAACUGCGGACCUGAUACAGCAAGAUUCUACACAGAACACUUGUUAUAUUGAUGCGAUCAUGUAAAAUAAUUAAUUGAGAGACUCGUUUAAAAAAUGUGCUUGUUUAUCAUCAUGACUUUGAUUUUCUUCAUAAAUAGUGCUGUUAUACAAUAUUUUCCAGUGUUUACUGUUUUGGACUUCUAUGCUGUAAACUGCAGUUUCAAUAAACUGGCUUAUGUGA